GGAGGACAGUGGCCGGGACGCGGCGCCCGGCGCCCGGGACGUGGAGGCGGGGCGCAGGAAGCCGGGGCGGGCUCGGGCCGGCGCCCAGGAAAGCCCCGUGCGGCGCAGGCGGGCCCGGGCCGCCCAGGAGUCCCCACUUCCCGCUCGGGCGCUGGCACGGCGGAUGGGGCCGGCGCGCACAGGACUGGCUGUAUCCUGUCUGCCCAUUCCAGUACCCCCCGCAAGCCAAUUCAGUGGCUAAGGGAGGGAAAAGGAGCAGGAAGCCUGUUGGGCUCAGGAGGAGCCCUCCUCGGCCGCUUCCCGACUGCUGCUGGCUUCUGACACUUCAGGACUCGCAACUCACCUCCCCCCAGAUGAAAAGACAGGUGCCUCAGGAUCUCCCAAUGGGGUGGCUUCGCUCUAGGCUCAUGUUCCCUGUGAGCUGGCUGAUCCUGGUGUGGGUGGCAGGCUCUGGGAGUGUUAAGGUCCUGAAUGCGCCCACUUGCUUCUCAGACUACAUCUUCACCUCCACCUGUGAGUGGAAGAUGGAUGGUCCCACCAACUGCAGCAACAACCUCCGCCUGUCCUACCAGCUGAAUUUUGAAGGGUUUGAAAACCACACGUGUGUCCCUGAGAACAGAGAAAGCACGGUUUGCGUGUGCACUAUGCUGAUUGCUGAGCCGGUCAUAGCGGACGUCUAUCAGCUAGACCUGUGGGCUGGGAGGCAGCAGCUGUGGAGCGACAGCUUCAAGCCCAGCUCCCAUGUGAAACCCAGGGCCCCGGGAAACCUCACGAUCCACCCCACCUCCCAGACCUGGGUGCUGACGUGGAGCAACCCGUACCCUGAUGAGAAUUACCUGCAUCGGGAGCUCACCUACCUGGUCAACGUUUCAAAUGAACAUGACCCUGCGGAUGUGAGUGGGCACUGUGGGGUUUCUCCGCCACCUCCUGGGACUUGGGCAGGAGGAGACUCAGGCUCUGGGGCCGGACAGCAAACUCAGGGACCUAGACUUGUGCUCAGGCCAGACCCUCCCUGCCUCCAGGCCUCAAUCCCCAGGGGCAGAGAAGGGAAGUUAUUUCUGGGCACUGCGCUCAUGUGUAAAGGAAAGCUCUGGGGUCCAGUCUAUAUCCUGGGGGAUGGGACACUUGAGAUUUUAGGUGGGUCCUUGGCUGCACCCUGAAGUGACCAAGUCCCACAGUGAGACAGUUGCUGUACAUUGGCUCCCUCCCAACCAUGACUGGCCAAGGAAGGUGCCUCAGCUGAGCUGAUAGGUUUAUUAAUCCUUUUAAGCAGAGAGAAGAGGCUGCAGGCUCAGAGCCUUCUCUCAGGAAACCCUUUCUGCCCUCAGCAGCGUCGUCACCAGCCUCUCAUGGCAUCUGGUGCUUGCUUUCCAGUCAUGCAUUCAUAGCGGGGUUCACUUCUAAAUGAAUGUGUUGACAUUUUUAAAAAAGGAGAGCUGAUGUACAGGAAGCCAUUAAAUAAGGGCAGGGCCGUGCAAAGGAGAUGUCUUGCUCCCCUCCAUUGUAGUUGCGGUGGGGUGGAGACUGCUUCAUGCUGCCUGUGUUUUCCCCUCAUGUCGCUGGGGUCCCACAGAGCUGGGUCCUAGCACUUGCCAUGCCACUUGCCAGCUGUGUGAACUUGAGCAUGUUGCCUGACCGCCUUGUGCCUCAAUGUGCUCAUCUGUAACAUGGGAUAACAAGGGUACCUACCCCAAGGUCUGUUGAGAGCACAGAGUGUGUGAUACAGACCAGCUCCCCUGCCUGGCACAAAGUACCUGGUGAGCAUCCUCCUGUUCCGAGUGCUGCAGGCCUUGGAGAUCCCCAUCGGCCUCCCUGCCUUGUCCUGGCCUUUGACUCCCUCUGACAGAGUGAUUGAGGGUCUGCUCUGUGCCACAGUUGUGUUCCAGGAUUGAGGCUAGCCUGGCCUCAGCUGCCAGGGAGCAGGCCCCAAACGCCUCAAGAUCCCAGUAAGCUUCUGCCACUGUUUCCUGUCUUCCUGGCCAAGCCAGGGAGGUGUUGGUUGUUGAUUUAUAUCUCUCAGGUGUGGUUUCCCCCUUGGCGCUGGGCCAGGCUGUGCAGUAGGAGCAAGAAUAAAACAGCUGUGCUCACACAACGGAGGCUCAGAGAGCAGGGGGAGGGGGCCGCACAGAUGCCAAGGAGAGAGGCAGGUUCUACUCGGUCAGUAAAUCUCUUUCCCAUGUCCUGAGCCCGUACAAGGCUUAGUUCAGCAUAUAGGCUGGAGGGAGAGAAGGCUGUGACCCAGAGAGUCCAAAGAAAUGUUAUUUAUUUGCUCAUCAUGGCUUGCUCCAGGUUCCAGGAAUCUGUCCAUUUCCUGGCCGUGCUUUAGUCUGUGUUGCCUCAUUUUUAGGCAGUCUCUUCCCUUAUGUAGUGACCAGUGUGCCCACCGGCAGCUCCAGGCCUACAUGCCAAGGCUGCAGUGGGAAGUUUUUCUUUCCAUGUUUUUCUUUCACAGGACUUUCCUAGUGAAAGUCCUGAGGCUGAGGUUCAGUUGCCUGGUCGGAUCAUGGGCCAGUCUCUGAACCUGUUACAGGCUGCAGGCAGGAGAGAGGGGACUGGUGCUGCGCUCAGACGGGCCAGGGGCGGGGGUGCUCAAGCCCACCUCUGGAGCUGCAGAAGGGGUCCACACCACCCAGACCAGAUGGGCUGAGAAUGCGGAAGGGUGGCUCCCCAAAGGAAACUGGGGAAGGGAGCCAGGGACUGGCAGAAACGCAGCUGCAUGUCGGACCUAGGGCCAGGCACUAGCCAGGAGACAGAAUGGCUCAGUGGCCAUGCUGUGCUCAGGGGUGUCCCAGGCCAGCUUCUCUUGUUGGUGGGUCAGAGGCUACUGAGACACCCUUUACCAUGUUUUCCUUCCCAAGGACAGAGCCCAACCUGAAAAGCCCCUCAUUAUUCAUUGGCCAGAGCUAGUUAGAUAGAUGCUCUAUGCUAACCAAUCACAGGCUGGGAUGGGAUGGCCAUGAGUGGUUUAAGCCAGUGAGCAUUAACCCUGGAGCUGGAGACAGAGGCCCUGAGCUUUGGGUUCCUGACCCCAGUGGCUAGAUGUGUGGGUGUCCAGCUGUGUUUGCUGUAGUAUUGCAGACACCAGCUGUGGCUCAGACUGAUAGGAUCAAUUUUUUGUUUGUUUGUUUUUCCUUUUUUAUUGAGAUGCAAUUGACAUAUAUUACCUUGCUUCAGGUGUACAAC